AUCAAACCAAGCUGAUUAUUCUAAUAUUAAUAACAAAUAACGAGAACUAUGUUUUAAAUUUAUAAUAACAUACAAAUAAUAAUUGCAACAACAAUAGUAAAUAACAAUAAUAACAACACCAAUAAAAAUAAAACUAAUAAUAAUAAUAAUUAUUAUAUACGUAACAAAUUAUGAUGAACAUUUAUGCUCUGUAUGUUUGAGAUCGGAUUUUUGAAUUUACUUAUCCGAUUAGAUCACUUUUAUAGUUAUGUUUCACACCAUAAAAGUGACAAGAGUAAAAUAAGAAUAAGAAAUAUAGAACAACUCCAAGUCCUAACCGUAAAACCCGUAAAACCCGUGAACCCCAGCUAUAACCGCUAGUCUCUGCUUUGAAGCCUAAAAAUUCUCAAAUCGAAAUUCUUAAACAACAAUGGCAGCAAUCGCACGAUGCAAGCUCCUAUCUGUUAUUAUCAAUCAUCCUCUUCAUAUCCGCCAUUUUGCAAUCUCGACUGGGAACAUUUCCAAAGCGGCGCUCCUCCGAUUCCUCCAAAUCGAGACUAACCCGGAACGCAUCCUCAAGGUAUGGCGAGCCGCCGCGCUAGCUCCUAGGUCUCAAAUGGACCGACUCGCCUACUCCACGGCGAUCUUAAACCUCCGCAACUCCAAUCACUUUGGGGCAAUCCGUGAGAUCCUUGAGGAAUAUCAGUCCCGACCGGAUUUGAGAUCCGAAAAGUACAUUUCCCACUUUAUCCUUCUCUAUGGGGAAGCCGGCAUGCUCGAUGACGCCAUGAAGACCUUUGAGAAAAUGGAGGACAUGGGGAUCAAACGAUCGGCGAAAUCACUCAACUCUCUCCUGUUUGCUUGCCUUGAAACUAGGAAUUUCGAAGAAAUGAAGAGAGUUUUUUUUGAAUUCCCUAAAAAAUACAGGAUUGCCCCCAACCUAGAUACUUAUGAUACAAUGAUUAAGGUGCUAAGCGAGUCGGGUUGUACUAGCUCAGUUUAUCCAAUAUUGGAUGAGAUGAUUAAGAAUAAACUCUGGCCAAAAGGCACAACUUUUCCAUAUUGUCUUGUAGGUUUUCUCAAGGAGGAGAAGGAUACGGAUAUUCGGAAAGUUUGGGAUAUCAUGAGUCGACAUUUUGCUUCACCGGGCACUGUUGAUUUAUAUGUCUCUAUGAUUGAUUUUUAUUUUGCGCUCAAGAAGUCAAAGGAGGCAAAGGCAUUGCUUGAUGAGAUUUUGUCCACGGAUUUGAAGCCGAAUGCUUCUUCCCAUUUGAUCCAUGUGUUCUGUAAGGAAGGUGAUAUGGAAGCGGCGAAGAGUGUGUUUGAAAAGAUGGUUAGCAGUUAUAUCAAUUCAAAGAAUCGGCUCUUUUCCCUUAUAUCCGAUGGGGGAGAUAGGGAGGACACAGCUAAAAUUACUUAUGAGUGUAUGGAAAAGAUUUGGGUUCCUAAUUUCUUGACUAUGAAGAUGCUCGUGGAUGGGCUUGUAAGUAUUUCAAAGGUUAGGGAGGCCAAUGAAAUCAUUGCACAUUUGAAGAGGAUGUUUCCUAGAAAUGCCGACAAGUGGAUUGAGAUUGGAGAAGGACUACCCAAGAAGUACUAUGAUGAGAUAAAGCCCUGGGAUUUGAUGCCGAAUUGGUUUUCUUAUGCCGAUAUAACCUACCCUACUUUAUUUAGGAAUAAGACUGCUUAAAUCCAACCCCUUUACCCAGCGAGGGUGUGAGAACCUUUGCAGCACUGAGGUAAUGAUGAUGAAGCUCAUUUAAUCCAUCGUUUGGUAAGGUAGGUGAUAUGGAAGAGGCGAAGAGUAUGUUUAAAACGGUGGUUAGCAGUUAUAUCAAGGAAAUCGUUUCUAGGAAAUCAUUUCUGUAUAAUUUUUGUCUUCGAGUUAUUGUGAAGUGGGGAUUCUCACCCUAUAAAUGAAAGGCAAAUAAUUAGGGGCUGAUCGCAGUAUAUGCCAAAUUCCCAACAACCAAGAGAAUAAAAAUGUUUUUUAUUGUCAAUAAUUGAAUGGCAAAAUUAUGUGCCAACGUGCCAACAACUAAGCAACUACAAAUGUGGUUUAAGUGUUUAACUAAUUAUUAUGGAAAAUAUUAGAAUAUAUCUAAUGCAAAAACAUAAAGGAUGCAUAGAGAUAGUCAACUGAAGGACAAUAAAUAUAAUUUUUGAAUUAUUUGUUUUUGGUAAAUUCUCUCAACAAUGUCAAACACAAUGUUUUGAUAUAGACAUUGUG